AUGAUUCAACUCUCUUCGUCAAGCUCUGUCUCAUCUUCUUCUCGAAACAUUAUCAGCAUCGCUGCUCACCUCCGUUCUUGCUUUCACAGAUUCAACCUUACCGUUUUUCCGAUUUUAUCCCCUACGUUUCAGACUAUAAAAAUAAAGCAAAAAUUGCAAGGGAACGAGAUACGUACUGGCUGGAGUACCACCAUUUGUUUUCGAAUUGAUGAAAAUGAUAAGAAAAUCAGAGAAGCUUCAAUUCAGAUCGAAGAUGAUGAAUCUGUUGUAGAGGUUGUGUUGAUGAUGAUUAAAGAUUCUGGAAACAGUUACAAAGAAAAAUGA